AGACUACAGGGUGAAAAGAACCCCAUGGAUAUCAACAAAGCCCUUGAAGAGUUGUUUAGAGUAAUUCUGGCUGAGACCUGCAUGUUAGAGCGGAGUCCGAACCAGUGCCGAAAAUGCGCUGUGGUGGGGAAUUCGGGGAAUCUUAAAGAAUCACACUACGGACCAGACAUUGACUCCCACGACUUUGUAUUCAGGAUGAAUCACGCCCCCACUGCCAAGUUCGAGAAGGACGUGGGGAAUAAAACCACGCAUCAUUUUGUGUACCCGGAGAGUGUCCGUGACCUGGCUGAUAAUGUCAGCAUGAUCCUGAUCCCCUUCAAGACUCUGGACCUGCAGUGGGUGGUCAGUGCGCUCACUACUGGAACCAUCAACUUCACGUAUGCUCCAGUACCACGCAAAAUCAGAGCUACCAAAGACAAGAUCCUUGUCUAUCACCCCGAAUUCAUGAAGUAUGUGUAUGACCGAUGGUUGAUGCAUCAUGGCCGGUACCCCUCCACAGGACUUCUAAGUGUUGUAUUUGCUAUUCACAUCUGCGAUAAGGUGGACUUGUAUGGAUUCGGAGCAGACAGCAAAGGAAACUGGCACCAUUACUGGGAAAACAAUCCAUCUGCAGGAGCUUUCCGCCAAACUGGGGUCCACGAU